AUGCCAUAUAACAAGACCAAGAUGAGCAAAAGAAUCAAGCCAACAAAACCUGAAGAAUUCUUUUUUAGAAAGGAUAGAUGGUACUAAGCUAUUGCUAUUGAUGCUAAUUAGGCAGAAAAAUCUCUUAUGUAAAUAAUAAAUAUCGUAAUACAUAUGUGGAGUUGGAUGACAGCAACAAGAUUGCUUAUGACACAAUAUUGA